AUGGAACAUAUCCAAAAUGCUAUUUCUAAAACUUUAUCUAGUCUUGAUCAAACAUUUGGUCGCCUACUGGUAUUGGACGAAAAGAAUAUCAUACGAGGUGCAAAUUAUUAUACCUUACAGAAUAAUGCUACCACAACUACAGCUGCUACUAUAGGAUCUUUAACUACAGCAACAACAACAACAACAACAACAACAGCAGCAGCAGCAGCAGCAGCAGCAGCAGCAACAACAACAAUAACAACAGCAGCAACAGGAACAAUAACAACAACAGCAACAACAUCAACAUCAACAGCAGCAGCAACAACAACAACAUCAACAUCAACAGCAGUAGCAACAGCCACUACUAAUGUUAACUAUUCAGUACCCAUCUUUACCAAUACAAACACAGAUGGAGGAGCACAGAUAUACCACGCCUACGCAACUUUUUCUGUUUCAUACACUAAAGAUAAACAGCCCUAUUUUGAUGUCAUCAAGACAAUCUUAGAGGGUAUACCGCGUGUGAUGCCGACAGGUAUACCAUUACAACAAUUGGUGGAUAUGUUGGCAAGGUACAGUGUACAUACAGAUCCAGAUGUAGUAGGUGCUGCUACAUCUGCUCUUUUACGUAUUGCCUCUCAAAUCGAUAGUCAAACUGUUCUUGUUGGUUUCUCAAAUUUUAUUUCAAAAAUUGAAGACAAGUUCUGGGAUAUAGUUCAAUCUUUAGCAAUUGCAACAACAAGUGGUUUUAUGAUAUUGUAUGUAGAACUCUUAAAGAUAUGGAUUGAUCAACAUGAUCAACUUAAUCAUGAUGUUGUUCAGUUGAUAGAAGCAAAUGCUCUUUUAUUUCUUUGUCAUCAGUCAGCUUGGGUACGAAAAUUUGCUGUACAAAUCAUUGAGAUAGUAGGUCGGAAGCUAGCAACAACAACAACAACAACUGAAUGGUCACAUCUUUAUGAUAUGCUAUUAAAUGCAGAUUUAAAGACACAAACAUCACAAUCAAAUGAAAUUCGUAAUCGACUUACACAGCAUCAACGGCAUAAUGUUACAUUUUUACAGAUUGCAGCUAGUGAUCAUCCUUUGGAUAUCACAAUUUGGAAUGCUUGGUUACCCACCUUAUGUAAGCUCUGUUUUAAGCAUUUUCCAAAGAUAACAGCCAUGACACGAAGUAACAUGUGUGAACGUAUCCUGCAGAUUCAACCAUCUAUUUUAGCUCUUGUUGAGACAGCGACAGCGACGGGGACACUGAGUAUAGCGAAGAAUAGUCAAAGAGCAGCAAGCGUUGAUCAAAUCGAUCAAUGGCGUAUUUAUUUAGUCUUUAGUUCUGCUACUACCAUCAUAACGACAGCGCAUAGUUUUUGGCCUCGCAAGUCAACAGUGGUCGAUAUCUCUACACCACGCGACUUUUUCCGUCUAUUAGUGCCUUACUUGACCUCUGAGCAUCGUCAAGUUCGUGAGGCAGUCAUUGAGGGCCUGGGUCAUAUCAAUCAUAGCGUCUAUCACCUACUUUUAUCUGAACUUGAACCCUAUCUAAAGACUAUCCUAGAUGAUGGUAAACAGCGCAAUAAUCAAAAGCCCUAUCAAAAUAAACGCUCUAAAAAGAAUGAUCGUUUGCGUAUCUCUCUGAUGAAUUUACUUGAAUUGACCGCUCCUUGUCUAUUAGAGAACACAAUUAACAAUGCCAUGGACAUUAUCAUGAGUUAUAUCAAGGAGACUAAAUCAUUUUUAAUGGAUACAGAAGUACAGAUUGAAUGGGAAUAUCAACGUCUUCGAAUUCAUCUGUGUGGACUAGUCGAUAAGUUGUAUGAGGGUAUCAUGAGGUUAGAGGAUCCAAGUAAGGUGAUGUCCUUUGAGACAAGGUUAAGUUUAUACAAAAUGUUUGAAGAAUGGUGUGGAUAUGGUGUAGCCGCUAAAACGGCUCAGCAACGUGAAGCAACCAUGAUGCGAGACGUUUUAGAACAAUGUAAAGAUUUAAAGGAAAGGGCGUCAAUGACUCAAGUGAUGGAAGAAGAAAGAAAGACAUUAGAGUUAGCAUCGCUAAGUGCUAUGGCAACUCUUUUGAGAGGUCCUUUGUAUGCUUAUCUAGGUCAGAAAAAAGCACGACAAGCGAUUAUUCAAUUUGAUACAUUAAAUAUACUUAAUUGGAUUGAUGCUAUGUUUGAAAGUCGAGAUCCAAAAUAUCAUGCCAUUGCAAGACGUGCACUUGAAGAAGUAAUGAUGUAUAACCAAGAUCAAUUAAUUUUAUUGGAUGAUAUUAUUGAACAAUGCUAUGCAGGUAACCCCAAAUUAGAAUUCACACAAGGCUACUUUCAUGCACUAGCAGAAAUUGUAAUUCGUGUCGAAGAUUAUCCCUGUCAUAUUCAUCAAAUCAUGAGUCUUGCUCUUUUCAAAACAGGUGAUAAUAAAAAGGCGAUAAGAAAGACAGCGAUUCAACUUUUAAGGGUGAUUGAGGAGCGUGUCUUUGCUGAUUCUUGUGCAAAAGAAUACGAAAUUGGUAUCACAAGUAGUUUACCUGCAAUCUACAAACAUACACAGACAUUAUUAUCAGCAAGGUUAGCUCUUGAUCAUCCAGAGCAAACUUACUCAAUGUUAUCAGAGAUCACUCAGCGGUUUGAACAUAUCAGCCCUAAUUCACAACGUGAGGUGUUGACAUACAUGUUGCCCUGGCAUCGUAAGGUUGAUCUUAUGGUGGGCCCUCAUGAUACAGACUUAAGUGCCUCGGCCUACAUGGUGCUCUCAAAUCUUUAUUAUCUUACGGUAAAGUUUGGUGAUAUUUAUGUAAAGGAGACAGCAGCUCUAUGGAGCCAAUUAGUGGAAUAUGGUCGAAAUGUACGAGCGAUUAUUAUGUAUUUACUCGAUAUGGGGCAAGAGACACGUAACCCUUGGUUCUUGAUACAUGCAAAACGUAUCUUUGUCUGUUUAGGUCGUACACAUGCGUUUGCCGCUAUCAUGGAAGAGGUCCUUGCUGAAAUCACACCACGAUCCAUGGUCCCGCAACUGAAGGAAGCAAGUCAACGACAUCUGCACGCUUUCCCGCUUCUCUUUGUUGCUGAUGCACAAAAAGUUUUACCCACUUAUCCUAAAAAGCCUGUAUUCUCCAGAGGACAACUGGCUAUGGUCUUUUUAGUUGAUUUAGCCAUUGAAGCAGGUGCUGAACUCGCACCACAUCUACCUCUGUUGCUUCAUUGUAUCUUUAUUCAAUUGGACCACCUCAUCAGUAUUAUCUGUGAUCAAUCACGUUGCUUUCUCAUUAACCUCAUUCAUUCCAUUGUUGUGCGUCAGUCUAUCGAUUCUGAGUCCUCUCAAAGGGCAUCUGAAGUUAUUCAGUGGCUGGUUGAAAAGGAAGGGAAACGUCUCUGGGCUUAUGAGAAUCUCACUCCGAAAAACCGUCGUAUCGCGAGUGCCAACGAACUCAAACAGCUCUUACAACGUGUUGUUGAUGUCUUUUCAAAUGAGGACCCCGAUUUGCGUCAGAAAUGGGGCGAAACAGCUUUAAAGUGGGCUACCUGUUGUUCAGUUAGACAUAUCGCCUGUCGCUCCUUCCAGUGUUUUAGAGCUCUCAUGCCCGCUUUUAAUGGGCAUAUGCUAGCUGACAUGUUAGCUCGUCUCUCGAAUACAAUCGCAGAUCGAUCAGAGGAUAUUCGAGGAUUUGCUUUGGAGAUUAUCUUGACGUUGACAGAUGUAGCAAAAUCCAUGGAUGAUUUGUUUCCACAAUUAUUCUGGGCAGCUGUAGCAUGUCUCUACAGCCCUUACGAAUCUGAACAUUGUGAGGCCCUUCACCUGUUAGGUGUCGUGUUGGAGAAACUGGAGAUGCCCAAGUUGAUUGAGAGUUUUCCUAAAAAUUGGUCAUGUGAGUUUGAUGGGCUUCAGCCACUGCUUCUGAAGGGCCUACAGUUUUCCUCAGUAGAGGAAGAUACCUUCCGUGUUCUUAAUUUAAUUUCAUUGCAAGAGCAUUUACCAUUGAUUGAUCCAAAUGAGACACGUUUGAUGUAUUUGUUAUUAGGUAGUAUACCCCGUCUAUUGCAUGGUCUAGAUGGUGAGACAGUGGAUGCUGAGGCAAUGGCCUGGUCUCAAAAAUUAGUUUUGCUGUUUGAGGGCUUUACAGAUAUGCAGCGUAUCUUAUCCACUUACCCAAUUCAAAAGGGUAAAUUUCAACAAGACUAUCUAAAGCAGAUCUUGAGUGGUAUGCGUCCUCUCUUUUUAACUAAAUAUUGCCAACAAGCCUUUAUGUUUGCUCUCUUAUUGGUGAAAAACAAAAUUCCUUACUAUCGCGAAAAAUCACUCUUACUUAUUGAAAGUUUAGUGCCCUAUGUGACAGGACAGAUGAUGGGUAUGACCCCCGUCAGCAUUGAUAUUGCUGCCCUUGAGCCCCUCUUACAGCUUAUAUCGACUGAAUAUGCUGAUCGUGCCAUUACGAUCCUCAACUCUGGUAUUCAGACAAGUCAUGGUGGUGAUCUCAUUUGGGGACUCAAUAAUUUUACCGAAGCAGCAAGAAUAACAAGACAUAACAUCUAUUCUGUCGUCUUGGAAUGUUCAACCAAUGUACCGAUUGAACCCAACAUUCAAUUUUCUGUUGAGGAUCUGUCCAUGUUGACAGGCGAACCGUCACAGGUGAACGGCUUACCUUCUGUUACUUAUGGAAAUGAGAUUAUGAAUGCACUUAAAGAUUUAGACGACUUCUUUAAUGAAGAUGGGGAGCCUAUGGCUCCACCUCCACUCGUUAUUAAUGUUACAACAACUAAUUAA